UUAACAUUUACAUAGCAAUGUUAAUAUCCUGUGACAUAAACUGAGAGAAAAUGAGUGCUAAUCGAAGUAAGAGAAUCAUUAAACCUCCGAGGACAAUCAGUCCAGAGACCACGCCAACGAAAAGGAAAAGAGCUUCGGUCACUAGUGAGCCCUCACCAAAGCAGAAGCCCCCAGAAGCUCCAAUCCAGGUGAAAACGGAAGUGAAAGUAGAACCAGUGAUUGAAACAGAGGAAGUCGUGGUCACCACAGACAGUCAAGACAAACUGUCAACAGAGACCCAGGAUAAAAUACCCAUAUUCAAAAAUCCCACUUUUGUUCACUCAACUAAAGGUAAUGCUGGAAGCAAAAAGACGAGAGUUUGGAAAAACCUUAAACAGAUUGUAGCAGCUGAAAAACUAUUGCCAUGGAAACCUGAUGAUGUCACAUAUGGUUCUAUAGAUGCGCCCCCUUCAUUUAAGCCGGCAAAAAAAUAUUCUGAUAUUUCAGGUCUACCAGCCUAUUAUACUGACCCCGAGACUAAACUGAGAUAUGCUACAGCAGAAGAAUUCUCUCGCAUCCGAGUCAUGACUAGUGAUGUUGUCUCAGGCUGUCUCGCUCUUAGACGAGCUACCACUGUUGUUCCGUGAAAUUCUUAAGACCAGUAUGAGCUUUUAAAGUGUGUAAUUCUUGAUCUGCAUGAAUGGCUUUGAGAGAAGAAAGGACCAAUACAAGUGUGUCUUAAUGAAAUUAACACUGUUGGGUUAUGUAAAACAACAAUGGAAGAAAAUGUUUGAUAAUUACAAUGAAAAUUUUCUAUACGAUAAAUGAAUAAUAAGGUCAGCAUUAUCGUAUUUCAACAUAGACAUUUUUGCUUUGAAUGGAUAAACUUUCAUUCCUAUAAGCCAGUGCUUGAAAUGACUGUAAAAAAUGAAAAUAUCUCUUCAGGCAUUGUGUAAAAUGCUGCCAUGUUAAUUUAUUUUAUUGUCACAUUAAAAAAGGGGAGUUAAUCAACCUUUUAAAGUAAAAAAAGAGGAGAAUAUUAAAGUUUUCUCCCUGUUUAAAUUUUGCAAUAGAAUAAAAAUCAGUAUGUGUUCCCUGCAUCAUGCUUCAAAAUUUCUGGCUAGGAAACAAAA